AGUAAUCACGGUGGUGGAGAGCGGUGGUUCUGAGGUUGACUGCCCGUCCUCUGACGACCAUCCCCGGGUGAACUGAGCCGGAAGACGCCGCCGCUGGAGUGAAAGCACCGCGGUGCCACAGUCAAACACUUCCGGCAUGUCCCGGUCCCGGCCCCGGCAGCAGCAGAACAGUUCCCCCCCAACCUCUCCUCCUCCUGUCCAGCUAACACCGCUUCCACACAGCGACGCCCCGCGAUGUUAGUUCUCAUCUCCGUGGAAGAAAAGUUCCCCCCGGAGGAGGAGUGAAGCUUCACCCGGGCCUGUCAUCACCCACCCGCGGAGGCACCUCACAGCCGAGUCCCGCCGGUGCUAUCUGGGGUUAGCUGCCCGCCUGUUAGCUAGCAUGCUGCCGCCCCUCCACAGCGCACAACUCUCCCAGGACUAAUUCUCGUCAUGGCUGAGUUAAGAUGCCGGAAAACAGAGAUCCAGGAGGGGGAUGCAGACAGAGAGGGGAGCCGGGCUGAGCCAGAGCCGCGGGCUGAAGAGAUGAACGAGGCGGCGACAGGAGGUGAGGACCUGCAGCGGAGGAGCGAUGGAGGCGAAGAGGAGGCUGCUGAGCAGAAACAGGAGGAAUCAAACAAACCAGGAGCGUCGGUGAAAACAUCCAGGAGGUCCUCAACAUCCGGUUUCCUGCAGCGUCUGGUGAAGGUGUUCUUCGGCUGUUUGGCUGCGGUUGCCUGUGGUGUUCUCUACGCUGUGUAUCUCUCAACGUAUCACGACAGGAAGUUCUGGUUUUCUACUCGACAGGAGCUGGAGCGUGAAAUCACCUUCCAAGCAGGCAGCGGGCUCUAUUAUUACUAUUACAAGCAGCUGCUGGCGGCCCCGUCCUUUGAAAGAGGGUUUUAUGAGCUGAUCAUAGAUAACAGGACUGUCUCAGGCCAAACCAUCAACGCAGUGGAGCGUCUGUCUCUGUAUCCAGAGCUCAUCACUAGCUUUGUGUACAGAGUCACAGGGAGCCAGGAUAUCGUGGAGCCCAUCUACUUCUAUGUUGGCGCGGUUUUCGGCCUCCAGGUGGUCUACGUCACCGCGCUGUUUGUGUGCAGCUGGGUGAUGAGCGGUACGUGGGUGGCUGGCAUGUUGGCCGUGGCCUGGUACGUGAUCAACAGACCAGACACAACCAAAGUGGACCAGGCUAUUCCGCUACGGGACAACUGGGCUCUGCCUUACUUCUCUUGUCAGGUGGCAGCUUUGACUGGAUUCCUGAGUAACAAUAUCUGCUCUGCCACUGAGAUGUUUUGCUAUCUCACCAUGAGUGCCACCACCUUCACCUUCCUCCUGGUGUGGGAACACAGCCAUUAUGUGCUCUUCAUCCAAGGCCUCUGUCUCUUCCUGCUCGACUCUUUCGACCUGGUGCCGUCACGAAAGAUGGCAGAUAUCCACAAGGUGUACCUCAGCUCCUUGUUCCUGGCGUACUUGUUCCAGUUUCAGAACCCGACCUUGCUCAGCUCGCCGCUGCUCAGCCUCCUGAUUGGCUCAGUGCUCGCGAGGUACUUCCAGCAAAAGAUGAAGGUGGGUCCUCUAGUUGCCAGAGUAAUGAAGCUCUUCCUCCAUUUCCACCUGGUCUUUACCACAGGGAUCACCUUCAGUUAUCUGGUCAAGAAACUUGUACCUGUGAGUGAAGGCGACUUCGUUUUGAAGUUCCUUGAAGUAAAAUUUGGACUCAACACAACAACUGACUUUGUCACCAACCUCCUCCUGUGUCAAGAGACCUUGCAGAGUCCGGGUCAGGAUUUAUUUCUGCGACUGACGCAGGCCUCUGUUCUUCCCUUUUACUUCCUGGUGCUCACCGUGUGUCUGCUGUCCACCCUGCAGACCAUUUACAGAAGACUCAGUGGUCAGCCAAUGAAAACUGACCUCCAACUUGAAGAUGGACGAAUAGGAGAGCAGCCUGAGGUCAUCUACCACGUUUUUCACACGCUGCUGUUUGGAGGCCUGACUCUGCUCUUUGAUGGGAUGAAGUAUUUAUGGACGCCAUACGUCUGCAUGUUCACAGCUUUCGGUGUGUGUUCUCCAGACCUCUGGAUGACUGUGUUCAAGUGGCUUAAACUGAGGUCCAUUCACCCCGUUGUGCUGUCUCUGAUCCUGAGCACAGCCGUUCCCACCAUCAUUGGUUUCAGUUUAUGGAGAGAGUACUGCCCCCGUGUCUUAGCGGAUUUGUCCGAUCUGCAGGAGUUCUACGACCCAGAUACGGUGGAGCUGAUCAGCUGGAUCAGGUCACAGGCUCCAGUGGCAGCUGUCUUUGCAGGAAGUCCGCAGCUGUUGGGAACAGUGAAGCUGUGUUCAGGCUCAGCUGUGACCAGUUUACCGCUUUACUCUGACAUCAACCUGCUGAGGAGGAGUGAAGACACUUAUCAGGUGUAUGCAAUGAGAUCUGCAGAGGACAUCUACAAGAUUCUGACGUCUCAGAAGACAAACUACGUGAUCAUCGAGGAGUCGAUUUGUACAGAGCUUAGUCUAAAUAAGGGCUGUAGGAUCAAAGACCUGCUGGACAUCUCCAAUGGACAUGUUGUCUACGACAAGGGAGAGAUCUACUCCUUCUCCAAGCACGGGCGAUUCUGCCACGAAAUAAAAAUGAACUACUCCCCCUACACGAACUACUUCACCAGAGUUUUCUGGAAUCGCUCGUACCACGUGUACAAAGUGAACUCUGUCAUCUCUUUUCAGUACUGACGGCAGCUCCUCACUUCCUGCUGAGACUUAACUGAGCCUGACCUCUCUUCUCUGGUAUUUUUUACAUCACAUCCACCACAAGACGGAGGACUGCGAUGUGUUUCUGCGCCUGAGUUCUUAGGAAAAUGUUUAAUCACUGCUCACGUUCAGACGUGGACACAUUGGACCCAACGGGAAUCAGCUGAGCUCGUCGUUGAGCUCCUGUUUGUGUAAAGUCGACAUAAAUGGACCCUGUUGAAGUUGGAAUGUGCCGUAUUGAUUACUGAACUGUGGUUUUAUAAGCCAUGCCUUACUGUUACUGACACUGCGGAGGAUUUAAUGCAGGACUUAUAUGUGAGGUCUGUGUUCACCUUGUACAGCAGCUGAGGUUACUGAGACAUUUUGAAGGUCUUUAUCUCGCACAAAGAUAAAGACACAAAUUUUGCCUUUUAGUAUAUUUUUAAGUUUGUCAAUCUGUGAUAUUGAUCGAUACUGUUAUAAUAAGGUAUGCUGAUAAUCCACCUCCAGGUCCACUCGUCUUUACUCGUAACAUUUGCCUUGUUGCCUCAAGAGAUUUUUUUUUUUCAAGAAGACCACAGCAAGAAAAGCAGGAGGAUAAACAAAGUGGAUGCAUACUGUUAUUAAUUCCAACCACCAUUUUUAAUUGUGUCUCGAUUUAGAGCCGAUUGUUGGAUCUUAAAUUAGGAACAAGAACAUGUGAAGAUGUUCAGCUCAACUUUGUCUCCUUGCUAUUAAUACUCAUGCAGGACAUGUGUCUUUUCUGUGUCCUUAGAUCACAGCUUCUCCUCAGCUUUGAUAGGGGAGGUGUCUCUGUAUUCUGCUGAUGGUUUGACGUGUUCUGCAAAAUGAAAGUUGUCAAGUAACAGCAGAAGUCAUUUAUAUUAAUCUGGUUCUGAAGCUGCUCAUGUUCUCCACAUCAUGAUGGCUCUUAUUCACAUGUGGUCAGUUGUCAUGUUUCGCCCCCAGAAGACAGUUCUCAUCUUUUUAUCGAUCACACCUUCAGCUUUGUGAAGGAUGAUGAUGAUGAAAGUUCCUCCUGUUUGUGUCGCUCCAGUGUCCAUCUCAAAAAGGCUGUGUAAUGAAUAUAAGGUUUUAUUGAAUCACUGAUGGAAAAUAAACAAUGUCUACGGGUUAAUUAAUA